AUGCCUAGCAAAGGAAUCGACUGCUAUUUCUACGUCGCCGUCGAAGGCUGCCAAAUCGAAUUCUCGGUCCCGGGUACCACAAUCUGCAAAGAUCAGCUCCGUCAAUUCGGACAAGACCACCUCGAAGUCGAUAAGAAAGAAAUCAGCGGAGCUUUCAACUUCAGCGGCACAUUCUCUUUCCAAGUCACGCAUAAUGGCAACCAAAUUGCUGAGGAGAGCAUUGUUAUCAAUGUAAUCACUGGCAAUUUGGAGAAUGGCAACCUACGAUCCAUGGAAAAUACACAGAGCGUUAUGACGGAAGAAGCGAUUGUCACAUAUGGCUUUUACGACGCGCCAGAUGCGAUAACCCAUCAAGGGUGUGCCGGGUUGCCGAAGAGUGAUCAAUGUUGGGUCUCCGUCGGGCCAAAUUAUUCGAGUUGGAUGGGCCAAAUUGCGCCUCCUGGGUCACCGCAGGCAGAGAAGCCGUUCUCGAAGUUCAUGCUCCCGGCUGCUCAUGAUGUGGGCAUGAAUUCCAUGCAGAAUUCAGAAAUGGUCCUCCAAAGUGAUGCGCUGAUUGAAGUAUUGACAAAAAUAAACCCUAUCUUUGCGAAGGUCGCGGGCAUGAUGACACGCGAAGCUGCCAAAGCAAUUGCCCCCAACAUCGUCAAAGGUCUGGCUCUUACUCAAAAAGAUACCCUCCCCACCAUCCUCAGCAUCGGCGUACGAUACUUCGAGUUCCGUCCUGCUUACUUACACAAUGAAAUCCGACAUUGUACUGGAAUCCCCGAUGAGCUAUAUUUCAUGCAUUCCGCCAUCCCCGGAAUGUCAUACGCCCAAUUCCUGCGCGAGCUCGUCGAUUUUCUAGUCCAACAUCCCGAUGAGAUCGCCGUUGUCCAACUUCGCUGGGAUGGUGUACCAGGCGAAUGUGCACAUCCCAGUGAUGAAGACAUGAACAACUACCUCCAGAACGCGCUCAACACCACCAACGGCGCCAUCGCUCACGGGACGUUGGACGAUAUGCUCACGAAAUCUACCGCCGAACUUCGCGCCGAGCAAAAACGGCUCAUCCUCUUCGUAAACUCUGAUUCCUUCUCCACCUACACGGACGCCGGAAACGCGACUAUCAACGGUGACUCGAUAAUCGAUGAAUUCAACACCCUUUCCCCUGAGAAACAGAAUGGUCAUCCAUUUACGAAUUUACAAUGCCAGGCUACGGCGACGAAUAUCCCGGAAGUCGUGGCGUUUAGUGUGCUGAAUACUAAUGCUAGUUCGAGUUGUUUGCUAGGCACCAAGCCGGUUUGUGAUUCCAAGACCCUACCCUGGAUUCAGAGGGAGGGGAGACGGUUGGUGGAUGGGAUUUUGGUUGUGGUUAUGAAUGAUUUUUGUGAUGCGGGGACUAGUGAUGUUUGUGUGGAGUGGAGUCGGAGGAGGCUAGAAGGUUAG